CUUUUGAAGUCGGCUAGCUCAAAUCAAAUCAAAGUUUAGUUUUUACAAUUUAUUGUAUUUACACAUUUACAAUGGCCAAACUCAUCCUGAUAGCUAUAUUUUGCGUCUUGAGCGGAACACUCUCCGAAGCCUUCAACAGAGAGGAGGCAAUUAAGAAGUUCAUGACCAGAUUGGGGGAAUGCCGCCAGGAAGUUGGUGCUGCUCCCUCCGAUAUUGAGGAAUUGAUCAAAAAACUUCCUGCCGCGGGCAAAGAAGGCAAAUGCUUACGCGCUUGCAUGAUGAAGAAAUACGGGGUGAUGAACGAUGAUGGCAAAUUCAUUAAGGCGGUUGCCUUAGAACAUGCCGCGACAUACUCAGACGGCGAUGAGACAAAAAUGAAGACGGCCAAUGAAAUCAUAGACGCUUGUGGGGGUACCGCAGUACCGGAUGAUCCUUGUGAGGCAGCAGCAGUCUACAGCCAUUGUUUCAUAGAGCAAGCAAUAGCUCACGGCUUAGAAAAAUUUGAGUUUUAAAUAAUCGAAUCCCACAGUUAGAACCAAGUUCCAAGCAAAUUUAUCUUCUUUAACCGACCUGUACUAUUCUAAAUAUUUGAUUUAAUUUUUUGUGCGUUAAAGCAAUUGAAUAUACAUAUACAUAUAUAUGAACAUGAACCAAA